UCUUGUCAACGUCAUAUCUAAAACAUAACCGCUGCAAUCAGUAAUAAUUUACUUGUUUUGAUAAUUUACCGAAAAAUGGAAGCACUUUUCGCAUUACCAUUCACUGUGCUUGAAAUACCUAAUAUAAAAAUUAAGAAGCCAUCAUGGCUGCAGGCCCCAUCAGCUAUGACAACCUUCUCUUUAGUGCUCCUAUCGUAUUUUCUUGUAACAGGAGGCAUUAUUUAUGACGUGAUUGUGGAGCCUCCUAGCGUAGGUUCAACCACAGAUGAGCACGGACACAGCCGUCCUGUAGCGUUUAUGCCGAACAGAGUCAAUGGACAAUAUAUUAUGGAGGGAUUGGCGUCCAGCUUCCUCUUUUCUCUUGGUGGACUCGGAUUCAUCAUCCUAGACAGAACACACAACCCAUCAACACCAAAAUUAAACAGAAUUCUACUUAUAUCUGUGGCAUUCCUCUGUAUACUUGUUUCAUUCUUUACAACAUGGAUUUUCAUGAGAAUGAAGUUGCCUGGAUAUCUACAGAACUGAAUUAAUUAUUUUAUGUAAGAAUCAAUUUUUCAACAUUUAUUUUAAUAAAUAUUUUUUUAUACUCGGUAA